CAUGAUACGCCACACCACCCCGCACGAUACGCCGCUCCUGUCGAUACGCCGCUCCUGUCGACAUUAGUAAUAGGGUUAUACGUCCACGCCGCCGCCGUCACCGCGGAUCCCCAGUGACGCUGCCGACGCCGUUGCCUGUCCCCAGGCCACUGCCACUUCCGCCAAUCCCCAGGAGGACGCCGUCGCCGAUCCCCAUGACACCGAUGCUGACGCGGAUCCGUACACGCUGCCGCCGUUGCAGAUCCCCACACGCCGAUGCCGCCCAAUAGCAUCGCCCGCUGGACCUAACCACGGAGCUGGAGGAGCGCGCUGGAUGAGGGUUCCCCGCCUCUGCCGCCGCCAUCGACGGCACCAUCGCGGAACCUCAGGCAGGUCAGGACUCCAUGCAGGUCGUGCUUGUGUGGAGUCGCCGCACUCCGCACGCCGCUACCGCCGCAGAUCCCUGGGGCCGCCACGGCCGCUAAUCCCCGCGGACGAAGCCAUUCCACGAACGGCCGCUGCAGGCACCACAACAGCAGCUCGUUACCGAAAUAUCAGGGGCGUAGAUGAUGUACAGGAUCAUCUCGUCCAUGCCAUGGAACAAAGCCACCUGCUUGACGAGCUCCAAAUAGAGGAACGAAGGGAGUAUUUGAAACUCAUUUCUUCAUGCGAACACCAGGGUUUGUUCAGUGGCAACAUGUGGUGAGAUAGACAACAACACAGCUUGGCAUUGGGCAAAGGAGAAUAAUGCACAUGUGAUAUUAUCUACAUCGAUUCCCUUAUUACCAUGGUUGUAUUCUGCUAACUUGCCAUCUACUUACUAGAAUUGGUCACAAAUGAUAGUGCGGUUUGAAGGUAAAAUAUUUGUGUUCUUCAUUCUUUCAUUGAAUAGUCAGAUCGAAAUGAGUUUACUAAGCUUCUGGCGAGCUUACUAACAUAGGUGUCUUAAGAACUUUGGUUGGCAACUUAUACUUAUCCACAAAUCCCCUCAAAAUGUAUGAAUGUGAUGCACCAAUAUCAAAAAGAACGAUUGCA